AUGACACCUUCCGAAGAAGCAAAUGCUGCCCUCAAUGAUACUUUGAAAGAUUUGAAAGAAGGCGAUUCAGCGACGGCGUUGGCAUUGUUGGAUGAGAUUGCAAGGCGCUUGGCAAAAGAUUUAAAACUCUAUGGAGGGAGCGCAACUUCAUUCUCUCCACAGCUGCUGUCAUGCGCAGCGGUCGUACGGCAGUACGCUAAAGGCGGCAUGUUUACAUCGUCGCCGGACUGGACAACCAUCGGCGACAAUGACCCAUGCAUUAAGGAUCAUCCAUGUUUCCAGAAGACUAUCCAUUAUCGAGCUCCUACCGGUUCCGACAAGACAGAACCUGAUCUUGCCUCUCUCGCUCAGAUGGAUGUGCAACAAGCUGUCUUAUCAUUUCCAUCUCUUGACGGUCCGAAAGGCAGUCCCAUAGCUGAUGUCCAGACUCCCGUAAAGCUUCUCCCCCACACGGAAAAACCUCAAGAUACGAUUUCCUUGCAAACUUUUGGUGCCAUGGCACCUCAUUCUCCCCCGCCAACUUUAACAAAGGCCUUGGAACCACUCACCCCUCUGCCCAGCUCAAUGGCGCCCACGAAGACGCCAGAGCAGACUGUUUUGACAUGGGACCCAAAGACACGGGAGAAGACUCACAGACAACAUCGUAAUGAUAAAAAAAGGCAACCUGCCAAAUGGGGUCAAGAUUCUCAGAUCGCAACACUGUGGAAGUGCGACAAGUGCACGAAAUUGGAUAUACCCUGCAUUGUCCUUCCGGACAAAAAGUUUGGAUACACUCGACUUGCAUGUGCAAACUGCGACCAGAUGAAGAUCACCUGUGCGAUCGACGGCGUCGGUGUCAGGCAGAGAAUGCAAGCAAAGGCGGCCGCGGCUACAUCACAGCCAGCCAGAAACUCCAGAACACGCAUGAAGACGUCCUGCGCGAUCUCCAAGACCCCGGAGAAGCCUGGCCCGCCGGCUGGUGUGCCCAUGAGCACAGUCCCAACCGUUGGCACAAGCCGUCGGCCGGAACAGGGCAAUCAGCCUGCACUGGAAAACCGCACCGAUCCCGAGCCAACUGCAAGAGACAUCUUGCAGGGCAUCCGGGACCUCGGUAGGAGAUUGGAUCUCCUGGCCACCAAUGAGCGGGUGGAUGCCUUGGAGGUAAGAGUGCAUUCGGUGGAGAAUGUCCUCCACCAGCGGUUAGACGCACUGGAGCAAAGGCUCAACGCCUCAGAUGCCCGGUAG